CUCGACCUUCUGAUUUCUUAUGAUUCUCUUGUUGUCUCUCGAAUUGACAUUUUUGGUAAUUUUGGUGCAUUCAUUUUAUCUUUAAGAUUUAAAAGUCUCGUAUAUUGUUAGUGUAUAAUAAGAAUUGUGUGUUGUUAAAUGAUAUUUCCAUUCUAUUGCUCGUUUUUCAAUAGUAAGGAAUUUUAUUCUUUGCCCAGUAAAAAGAGAAGACAUCUUAUCUUAUGGCAAAUUAGCAGCAAUACUCUCUGAUGAGAGAUUACAGCAAAAGUACUUUCACACUCAAACAUUUAAAGAAUUUCUAUAUUGAAAGAACUUUUAAUUUCAUCAUAAUCAAGAAAAAAAUUGAAACCAAACGAAGGCUUGAUUCAAUGCAAUAGACAAUGGAUGAGAAGGAUUUAUUUUUAACCCUUUAU